CGUACUCGGGUGGCACCCUUUGCCUGUAUUGAAGCAAUCUUUAUUCUUAAUCUUUUACAGAAAUUGCAUAAUGAAAGAUACAAAUCUAAGCAAAUAGUUUCUAAUUGAAAGUAAUACAAUUAUCUUUAUCCUGAAUACAACUUUGACAGACAUAAUUCACGUUUGGUAGAUUUUUUUUUUGCAAAUGCAUUUUAUGACCUUUGUGUUAAUAAUAUAAUUGUGGUAGUUUAUUUUUUAAUUUGGGUUUUAGACUAGUUUAGUUAUUUUUUUCCCCCCUCUAGUCUAUAGGGGCGAGACCAUUUUAGGUCAUUGCUUCGCUCAAUCAGCACCUCGUGAACGCGAGUCCGUCGGAACACAAGGCUUCGGUUGGGGAGACUACUCGAAAGAGGGUUGCGCCUGUUUGGGAUUGUUUCUAGCUGUUCGUCAAAGAACAAUUCAUACGAGAGUGCUACAGGGUCCUUUUUUGAGGGCAUCUUUUUCUCCCUCACCCCUUUUUCUACCUUUUUAUUUUUGUUUGAUUUAUUUUGGUGCUGCGACUCGGAGAGCAUUGUCAUCUCAGAGUCUGAGCACAACUACGUCAAUGAUUUGGGGUCAGCCGGCACCCACUGACGGACAGAAAGGCCCUGUAGAUUUCACAGAGAGGAAACAUGAGCACAACCAAGCCCAGCGGGCUCAAAGCGCCCAGCAAGAUGGGUAGGUCAACGGGGGCGCCAGCCACCAAGAUCACCCCCUCCGCUGCCGGAUCCAAAGUAGCUGCAGCCGACAAGUCCACUCCAGGUGGCGGUGCAGCUGGGACACAAGAUGGCGGGGAGAACUUCCAGGUUGGGGAGCGAGUGUGGGUGAAUGGGAACAAACCUGGCGUGGUGCAGUUCCUGGGGGAGGCUCAGUUUGCACCAGGACAGUGGGCCGGCAUAGUUUUGGAUGAGCCCAUUGGGAAGAACGAUGGCUCGGUGGCAGGGGUGCGCUAUUUCCAGUGCGAGGCCCUGAAAGGGAUAUUCACCCGCCCCUCCAAGCUGUCCUACACAGAGGGCGAGGCCAACGGGACUCAGACAGCACCUCCGUCCCGGGCUGGGUCGCCGACCCCUUCCACCGCCAGCCUGGCCUCUCACACCCCCUCUGUCAAAAAAGCCUCAACUGCAACGCCUGCCACGUCAGCCACUCCAGCCUCCAACCUGGCACGCACAAACAGCGAGUCCAUCUCCAACCUCUCAGACACCAGCUCGGUCAAGAAAGGGGAGAGGGAGCUGAAGAAUGGAGACCGCGUUUUGGUUGGUGGCACAAAAGCUGGUGUGGUUCGUUUUCUUGGUGAAACAGACUUUGCCAAGGGAGAGUGGUGUGGUGUGGAACUGGAUGAGCCCCUGGGAAAGAACGAUGGGGCAGUGGCAGGAACCAGAUACUUUCAAUGCCAACCCAAGUAUGGCCUGUUUGCCCCAGUCCACAAGGUCACGCGCAUUGGCUUCCCCUCCACCACGCCGGCCAAGGCAAAGACCACGGCGCGGAAGUUGGUGGCCACGCCCUCGGGCCUGAAGCGCAGCCCCAGCGCCUCCUCCAUCAGCUCCAUGAGCUCUGUGGCCUCCUCCGUCAGCGCCAAGCCCAGCCGCACAGGCCUGCUGACUGAAACGUCAUCACGGUACUCGAGAAAGAUCUCUGGCACCACAGCAGUUCAGGAGGUGCUGAAGGAGAAGCAGCAGCACAUCGAGCAGCUGAUGGCGGAGCGUGACAUGGAGAGGGCAGAGGUGGCCAAGGCAACCACCCAUGUGGGCGAGGUGGAGCAGGAACUGACCCUGCUGAGAGAGGACCAGGAGCAGAUGGAGGCCAAGAUGGACCAGUUACGCACCCUGGUGGAGGCUGCUGACAAGGAGAAGGUUGAGCUGCUCAAUCAGCUGGAGGAGGAGAAGAGGAAAGUGGAGGACCUCCAGUUCCGUGUGGAGGAAGCUUGCAUUACCAAAGGAGACCUGGAGACGCAGACCAAACUGGAGCAUGCCCACAUUAAGGAGCUUGAACAGAGCCUGCUCUUUGAAAAGACCAAAGCUGAGAAACUCCAGAGAGAGUUAGAAGACACUAGGGUGGCCACGGUGUCAGAGAAGUCCCGCAUCAUGGAACUGGAGAGGGACUUGGUGCUGAGGACCAGGGAGGUGGCUGACCUGCGGCUGCGUCUGGAGGUCCAGCAAAGCUCGGAGGGCUCCGACUCCACCACCUCCCCUCUCCUGGAAGAGGUGAGCUCUCUGAGGGCUCAGCUGGCCUCUCAGGAAGACCAGCAACGGGUUGAGCUGGCUAGGCUGAAGGAGACACUGGCAGCGGCGGAGAAGGCCCACAGUGAGGCAGUGUCUCAGUUCCAAGUCUCAUCCACUAAGAUCUCCACAGACAACGAGCAGUUGAAGCUGCGCCUCAGCCAGAACGAGAAGGAGAAUGCAGACAUCAUAGAGCUGUGGCGCUCCAAACUGGAAUCUGCCAUCGCCUCACACCAGCAGGCCAUGGAGGAGCUGAAGGUGUCCUUCAGCAAAGGGGCCGGUUCCCAGACGACAGAGCUGGUGGAGACCAAGAGUGCCCUGGAGAGGCUGAAGGUGGAGCACAAGCAGGCACUGGAGGAGGUGGGAGCCAGGUGUGAGGCAGAGGCUGCAGCCCGGGCACGGGAGACGGGGGAGCUCAACAAACAGCUGCUGGUCGUGUUGGAGGAGAAGGAGUGCCUGGAGGAGAGCCUGCGGUCCAGUGUGGAGAGUGCUGAGGAGCAGCACCUGGUGGAGAUGGAGGACGUGCUGGGCAAACUGCACACUGCUGAGCUGAAGGUAAACGAGCUGGAGGAGCAUGAAGCUAAGCUUGUCCAGCAGACCCAGGACAGGGCCAAGGAGGUCCAGGAGCAGAUGGCAGCUAUGGAGGCCCUGCAGUCCCAGGCAGGCCAAGGUAACCAAGCUCUCCAGAACCUGAGGACCCAGCUGGAGGAGGCCCAGAGCCAAGCUCGCUCACAGGGCAACAGGGUCAGUGAGUUGAACUCUGAGCUGGAGGGUAAGCAGCAGGAGCUCCUCUCCUUGCAGCAGAGCCUGACCUCUGUGCUGCAGGACAAGGUAUCCUUGGAGCAAGAGCUGGGAAACCUGAAACAAAAACUGUCAGAAAGCACAGACAAUCAGGCUAAGUCAACACAAACUAUGCAAGAGCUGGAGAGGAGGCUAAAGGCUGGAGAGGAGAGGCUUGAUCAGCUCGCAAAUGAAAAGGCCAAGCUCCAAAGUGACAUCUCAGACAUGAAGUCAUCAGGCGACAGUUCAGCACAGCUUACCAAAAUGAAUCAAGACAUCACUCAGAAAGAAAGGUCUAGUUUGACUACGUCACGCAUUUUCAUAUCUGAGCGAGGGGCCCCUCCUGCGGACAAGCUCAUCCCCUCAAACCCCAGAGGCAAGAGACAGUCCUCUGACAUGGGAGUCCAAAUACCUAAGAGGCUGGAAGAGUUACAGACCCAACUCGCAGAGGAGAAGGAGCGGGCUGCCUGUUCUGAGGAGCAACAACAGCAGGAAGUUGCCCAGAAGGAGCAGGAGCUGAAGGGGGCCAGAGACGAGCAUCAGGGCCAGCUAAGCAACCUGCAGGGGAAAAUCACACAACUGGAGAAGAGUUUGCAGCAGGGUGAGGCCCAGGCCAAGGAUCUUCAGACCUCCCAGCAGAAGGCCCUGUCUGAGGCCUCAGAGCACCAUGCCAAGCAGCUCCAGGAGCUGCAGGGUCAGGCUGACCAGACCAAGCAGGAGCUGAGUGUCUCCAGGGAGAAGGCCCAGGAGCUGGAGAGGCUGGUGGCUGAGCUGCAGCCUUACAAAGAGAAGGCUCAGUUUCUUUCUGAUGAGCUCGACUCCUCCGGGCAGCAUAUUGAGCGAUUGUCCACAGACCUGAAGAAGCAAAUCUCAGUGCUGGCGCACAUGUCUAAGGAAAGCUCACAUCUCAAAGCUCAGAAAGGAAGUCUCAAAAAUCAACUCUCCGAACUCGAGGCCAAGCUCUCGGCCUCGGAGGCUAGUCACCAGGAGCUCUCAGGUAAGACUGAAGAACUUCUGACACUGAGGGACAAGCUCACAAAAGAGCAGGAGGAACUUUGGACCACCAACCGGAAGCUAGAUGGAGAGAAUGCCUCACUAUCCAGAGAGGUGGAGAAGCUCAGAGUUGCUGUUGAGGAGGCACAGGCCAAUAACAAAUCCCUAAGUCAAUCUGAAGCGGAGCGUCAGUCCCAAAUUGAGGAGCUUCAAAAGACGAAUGCAGAGAAGAAUGAGGUCCUUUUGAAGUACCAACAGGAGAUCCUGCAGCAGGAAACUAAGAGGAAGCAGCUAGCAGAGGUCUAUGAGAAGACCUGUGAGGAGAGGAACGAGCUCCAGGAGGAGCUCAAGCAAAGCAGGGAGAAGCUGACCUCUGAGAAGGAUAGCCUUUUGUUGGAGAGGGAUGCAGCCAGAAAUGCUAAGAAAUCCCUUGAUGCAAAGAAUGUGGAGUUGCAGGCAAGGUGUCAGUCUUUAAGCUUGGAAAAAGAAGACUUCUAUCUGAAAAACACUCAGCUGCAGGCACAGACGGAGACCUUGGGCAAAGAUAAAGUGGAGAUGUUUACUCAAAUUAAUGCUGCCAUUUUUGACAAAGAGGCCCUCCAAGCCUUGAAUGCAGAGCUUCAAAAUCAGCUGAAUAUCACUAAGAAGGAUCUUGAGAAGUCUGUCCAUGACAAGGUCGAGCUACAUGCUUCAAAAAUGAGCCUGGCCAAAAUGCUGGACCAGUCCAAGACCAGCAGUGAGGUUACCGACUCUGAGAGGCUUCACCUCCUGCAGGAGAAAGAGGACCUGCUUGCUACCCAGCGAAAGGUGUGUUCUGAGAAAGAUGAACUUAUCAAGGAGAGAGAAGAGUUAAAGGAGAAGCUCAGACUCUCUACAGAGGAAGUGGCAACCUCUAAGGAGAAAGUCAAAGAGCUGUUGUCAUCUUUUGGUGAGGAGAAGGAAGCACUUUGUCUCCAGAAUGCAGAGACUGAGAAGGCGCUACACUCCAUACGCAAAGAGAAGAUGGCUAUAGAAUUAACACUGGAAAAGCAGAACAUGGAGAGUGACCGUUUGGUACAUGAAAAGGAGGAGCUGGAAGAAAAGCACACAAAGGAGAUCUCUGAAAAGUGUACUCUAACAAAAGAGCGUGACAAGCUAGCAGGUGAGAUCCGCAGUAUGAAGGACCAGCUGGACAGCUCCUCUAAGGCCAAUGAUGACCUGAAGCAAGCCAAUUCCAACCUCACGUCCUUGCUGGAGGAAUUAAAACAGAAGAUAGAAAAGUUGGAGGCUGAGGGAGCUUCCUUGAAAAAAGAAAAGGUUGAUCUACAGGCACAGCUUCAGAAGCUUUGCUCAGAGAGGGAGGCCCUUGAAAAAAGCAAAACUGAACUUGCAGAGGAGCAUCAUGAACUAAAAGGCAACUCUGAGCAGAUGCGUUUGGAACUCAUUCAGCAGAACGAUACCCUAACAAAAAAGCGGGAUCUCCUGCUUUCCCAGCAGAUGGAGCUUAACAAGAGCCUGCAGAAGGACAAAGAGGAUCUGCUUCUGCAGGUCCAGGAGUUCAAAGGUCAAACAGAAUCACUUUCAAAGGCAAAAAUGCUUCUUGAAUCGCAGCAGCAGACUGAAGCCAGUGACCGAAGUAAACUGUCCUCUGCAAAGGAUGACCUCUCCAGAGAGAGAGAGGACUUACAGACACAGUUGUUCACUCUGACACAGGAGAAGAUUACUCUCCUGCGGUCUGAAUCCAGCCUGAAGGCAGAGGUUGCCUCUGUUUGUGUUGAAAGAGACACAAUGGCCUCUGAGAGAAAUAGUUUGCAUAGUGAUUUAGGGCAACUUAAGACAACCCACACUGGAUUGUUAGGUGAGAGACAGGGUCUGCUUGAGGAGAAUGCCCAGAUGCAAGUCAAAGUGCAGGACCUCACUCAACAAUCUGUCACCAGAGAGAAGGCCAUGGAUGAGUUGUCUGCCAACCUUAAGGUUAUUGGAGUGGAGAGAAAAGCCUUGGCUGGGGAGGUUGAGAACUUAAAGGCACAGCUGAAGGAGAGGGACCAGGAAAAGGGUGACUUGGCCGGAGACCAAGUGUGCCUGUCUGCCAAGCUGGAGAAGCUUGUCAACGAGGUCUCCUCCCUGGCUAAGGAGAAGGUAGACCUCCUAGCUAUACAGUCCCGCCUGGAGAAAGACCUUUCCUCCCUCCACAGCAGCCAAGAGAGUAGGGAUGGGGAACACUCAAGGCUCAUGGGGGAGGUAGAGAUGCUGCAAGUUUGCCAGACACAGCUUGAAGCAGAUGCCCAGGCCCUACGUGCUGAGAAGGCAGUGAUGGAGGGACAGCACAAAGCCUCUGUGGAGGAGGCAUCUGUGUCUACCAAGGUCAGAGAAGAAAUGGCCACCAACCUGGAAGACCUGAAGGUCCAGAAGGAUGCCUUGCUCAAGGAGAGGGACAAAGCCACCCAGCAGGUCACCCAGCUUGAGGCUCAACUAAAAAAUGCUUUUUCCAAGCAGCUUGAGGCAGCGGAGUCCUCAGGGAAGACUGCUGAGGUCGUGGAGUUGCUGACACAAGAGAAGGGCCUUCUGCAGCAGGAGAAUAGUAAGGCCCAGUCUCUGCUGGAGGAGUUCAGGAGUGCCAAGCAGGAGAUGACCAAUCAGGUAUAUGGACUGGAUUCCUUGAAGCAACAAAAUUCCAAGUACAAAGAGGAGCUCAACCUUUCUAAAGAGCAGCUCAGCUCAGAGAACCAGAAAAUAAGUGCCCUGUGCCAGGAGAUUGAUGAGCUGAAGCAAGCUGCCUCUGUGAAGUCCCAGUCCCUGGUGGCCUUACAGGAGGAGAACAACAAGCUGACCAGGGAGCUUGGCAGCAGCAAGAAGGAGACCAGUGGCCAGCAGAAGCUGGAAGCUCAGCAGUCCAAGCUCAAUAAACAGUUGCAAGAAAUGAAGCAGAGAGAGACCACAAUGAAGAAACAGUUAGAUGAGGAGAAAGCCUCCCUCCAGAAGUCCAUCCAUAAAAGCAGCGCCUUGAUCUCUGAGAAGGAUCAGGAGCUGGAGACCCGUGAUGAGUGAGUUAUCAGUGCUGCGUGGGGAGAGCGCCACAGCGAAGACACUGAAGUUUACUGUCCAGUUACUGGAGAAGGACAAGGCGCGGCUGCAGGAGCACGUUCAGAGCCUGGAGAAGAGCCUUUCAGGAGGACAGGAUACUGUUACCAGCUCCUCAGGUGACGCAGCUUUGGAUCAACUAAGGGAGAACAAGGAGACUGCAGAAAGCCAGAUUGAGUUCCUGAACUCGGUUAUCGUGGACCUGCAGAAGAAGAAUGAGGAACUUAAGGGCAAGCUGGAGAAGAUGGCAGAGGCUGCCCUGAAUGGGAAUAAUGCAAGCGAGCUUG